AUGUGAAUUCUUAAAAAGAAAAUGGCCAGACGGAACACUGCGCUUCCUACUCGAGUCACUGAGGAAAGGUAGAAUAUUUGGAAAAUAUGCAUCUAAGGCGUGUGAGAACCAUGCCGAGACACAGCCAGUCCCUCUCCAUGGCUCCCUACCCGUCGGUGAGCCUGGUGGAGCAGCUGGAGGACCGGAUCCUGUGCCACGAGAAGACCACGGCCGCCCUGGUGGAGCACGCCUUCCGGAUUAAAGAUGACAUCGUCAGCAGCCUGCAGAAAAUGCAGAACAAAGGUGGCGGCGACCGGCUGGCCAGACUCUUCCUGGAGGAGCACAUCAGAAACAUAACCGCCAUCGUGAAGCAGCUCAACCGGGAUAUCGAGGUCCUCCAGGAACAGAUCCGAGCCAGGGACAAUAUUAGCUAUGGAACGAAUUCUGCCUUAAAGACCCUGGAGCUGCGCCAGCUGUCGGGUUUGGGAGAUCUCCGGGGAAGAGUGGCACGGUGUGAUGCCAGCAUAGCUAGACUUUCAGCCGAACACAAGACCACCUACGAAGGUCUCCAGCAUUUGAACAAGGAGCAACAAGCUGCCAAACUGAUCUUGGAAACGAAAAUCAAAGAUGCCGAAGGACAGAUUUCUCAGCUUUUGAACAGAGUGGAUUUGUCGAUCUCCGAGCAGAGCACCAAAUUGAAGAUGUCUCACAGAGACAGUAAUCACCAGCUUCAGCUUUUGGAUACUAAAUUUAAAGGUACAGUGGAAGAACUCAGUAACCAGAUUUUAUCUGCACGGAGUUGGUUGCAACAGGAGCAAGAACGGAUAGAAAAAGAACUUUUACAGAAAAUAGAUCAGCUUUCUUUGGUUAUAAAGGAAAACAGUGGAGCCAGUGAAAGGGACAUGGAGAGGAAGCUCAGCCAGAUGUCAGCCAGGCUUGACAAAAUCGAAGAGAGUCAAAAGAAGAAUAUGGAAGGACACAGGAGCAAGCAGGAGGAGGAGAAGGUGCAGGGGCGGAUCAGCAAGCUGGAGCUCCAGAUGAAUGAAGACAUAAAGGAAAUGAGGGCAGAAGUGAAUGCCGGGUUUACAGCCAUCUAUGAAAGCAUAGGAUCCCUCAGGCAAGUUCUCGAGGCCAGGAUGAAACUGGAUAGGGACCAGCUACAGAAGCAAAUUCAACAGAUGCAGAAGCCGGACGCGCCCAUGUGAACAAAGCGCAGCCAGGGACCGAAGAGAUGGUUUUGCUAGUGAGGCUUGGACCCUGAUCCCUUAGUAGCCAGGCCGCCUCUGCAUUCAGGACUGUCCCGUCCAUGGCGUGCAUGUGCCAAGAAAUACGUUUUCAUGGGUCUCGAUGUUUGAGUCUUGGAUACACCUCUUUUUUUCUGUAUAAAUAUAUGAUAUACAAUUUUUACUACUUGAUUUGACUUCUUUGAAUUCAGUGGAGUUCCUU